AUGGUCACGGAAUCACCUUAUCGUACUCCGACCAAGCUUGAUCUCUCCAGGGUGAAUAGUUUACUUGCAGCGAGGGCAUCUGCGGCCGAAGAUCACCUCUGGGCCUUGCGAGAGGAUCCCGGCUACUACUCCAAGAUACUCCUCGAGGCCAGUGAGCAUCUUCCGGAGACUUUGAAAGAUCUUUCCGUGAGGGUCGUCAGAGAUGCUUACCUGGACCUCGAGACCUUCUCCGAUUUGAGCAACCAGGCAGGAGACCUUGUUCAGUUGCAAAAAAUAACAACUCCUGCAUCACCACCAUUGCGAAAAUUCUUCUGUCGCGGUAUCCCUUCCGAUCUAUCCUCUGCUGCCGUUGUGACUGGGUUGAAGCCUGGUAUCAAAUUUGAAAAGUCUGAAGGGCAGUUAAUAUGGCUGCUGCGCAGCUUGCUCGAUGAGGGCGUCACAUUACUCCCUUCGACCAUGGCUGUUUUGGUUGAUGAACUGGAGCGAUCACUUCAAGCAGAACACCGCGUUGCCCAAUGCGCCAAUCAGCUUGAAUUGUUCCAGCCAUGGGCACGAACAUGGAGCUCAGAGACCUUCAAACGUGCGGAAAAAUUCAAAAACGAAUUCUCACAGCGAGAUCUUGCAUGGCAAAACAUGCUUGUUGGACUCCAUGAGGGAAGUGUUGCAAUCAGAGCUGCGGAUCUCGGCGAACCCACGGGAGGGAAGUUCACGUACCCCAUUCACAAGCGACGUACCAGGGAGAAUGUGGACGCCCUUCGUAAGGCUGAAUGCAGCCUUGAUGCCUUCUGGGCCGUCAUCGACCAACUUCUGAUAGAGAAGGGUGGUGGCAUACGCGACACAGCUGUUUAUCGCUUUAUCUCUCAGCCACGUCUGCUCCAACGAACCCAAGAGUGGAGUGAGAUUGACAAUCCGCUACUUGCAAAUCUUGCUCCACACUUUGCAGAAGAAUCUAAUGAUAAUGAUCGCUAUGAACCGAUCUCAUCAUAUCAUUCUGAGACUUUGGAGCCUCAGAACGAUGCACGACCAAAAGAAAAAAUAAAGACCCGCGGGAAUCGCGGUUCUGCUCAAGAAAGGACAACCCAUGAAAUCACACAAGAAGCAAACUCUGUCGGCAAUCGGCUGAGGCUCUUCGUUGAUGCACGUGCAUUGAAAUUGUUCCGCACAAUCUUUUACAACCCGGCGGUAGCAUCUUCCCCGGGCGAAAUUGCAUGGAAUGAUUUUCUCCAUGCCAUGGUCUCCGCUGGAUUUGCGGCAAUGAAAAUCUACGGCUCCGUUUGGCAAUUCCGGCCCAUGGAAAUUGGUCCCAAAAGAAACAUCCAGUUUCACGAGCCUCACCCACGGGGAAAGCUUCCAUGCGCCAUUGCUCGUCGCUUUGGGCGAAGGUUGACAAGGGCCUAUGGCUGGACUGGAGGAACUUUCCUGCUGAAAAAACGAAUGAAACCACUAGAAAACCUAGGCUUCAAGCAUAUCAUUGCGAUGUGGUCAACGCUAUCAGAGAUCAGAUUCCAGCUGAAUAUGGGUGCAACAUUCUUAUGCGCGAAAACCUGA